ACCCAAAAACUUUCAUUUCACCUCUCUUCUUCUCCGUUUCCGAACUGUUGUCCGAAUCGAAGCCAUGUCGACUCAAUUGAACCCAAUCUCAUCCAUGGCGGCGUACCCAUCUCCGGUAGGGUUCGUCUCCCACCUCCCGACCGGCUUCCCCCACUUCCCCUCCGUCAACAAAGGCGUCUCCAGAGUCUUAGCUUCGACCCAGAUAACGCUAUCCCCAAAAGACUCCGCCUUUACCAUCACCGGAUCCAGCUGGAAACCCGACGACCCGAGAAACGACGAGCCAAGACUAAACAACCACUUCUCCCACCUCCAAUCCCUCGUCACGAAAGGGCAAAAACCCAACGUAACACACUCCACCCAGCUCCUCUACGACCUCUGCAAAGCCAACAGGCUCAAAAAAGCCAUCCGCGUGAUCGAGCUAAUGGUCACCUCGGGAGUCAUCCCCGACGCCUCCGCCUACACCUACCUCGUCAACCAGCUCUGCAAGCGAGGCAACGUCGGCUACGCGAUGCAGCUCGUCGAGAAAAUGGAACACCACGGCUUCCCUCCCAACACCGUCACUCACAACGCUCUUGUCCGCGGCCUCUGCAUGCUCGGGAGCCUCAGCCAGAGCCUCCAGUUCGUCGAGAGGCUCAUGGAGAGAGGCCUAGCUCCCAACGCCUUCACUUACUCCUUCCUCCUCGAGGCUGCUUACAAAGAGCGCGGCACUGAUGAAGCUGUUAAACUCCUGGAGGAGAUUGUUGCCAAGGGUGGUGAGGUUAAUCUGGUUUGUUACAAUGUGCUGUUGACUGGGUUUUGCAAAGAAGGGAGGACUGAUGACGCGUUGAAGAUGUUUAGAGAGAUGAUGCCGGAGAAAGGGUUUAAGCCUAAUGUUGUUAGUUAUAAUAUCUGUUUGAGGUGUUUGUGCUGUGAUGGGAGGUGGGAGGAGGCGAAUGAGCUGUUAGCUGAGAUGGACGGUGGAGAUAAGUCUCCUUCGGUUGUUACUUACAACAUUUUGAUCAACUCGUUGGCUUUUCAUGGAAGGACGGACCAGGCGAUGGAGGUUUUGAGUGAGAUGGGGAGAGGAGUCACCGCAACCAGCUAUAACCCUGUGAUCGCGCGUCUGUGCAAGGAAGGGAAGGUUGAUCUCGUCGUGAAGUGUCUGGACGACAUGAUUUACAGACGCUGUAAGCCUAACGAAGGUACCUACAACGCGUUAGGAGCGUUGUGCGAGGGUGGCAACGACAAGGUGCGUGAAGCGUUUUACAUUAUACAGAGUUUGAGCAAGAGGCAGAGAUGCUGCACGCACGAUUUCUACAAGAGCGUGAUCACGAGCCUGUGCAGGAAAGGCAACACGUUCGCUGCGUUUCAGCUCUUGUGCGAGAUGACUAGGUGCGGGUUCGAACCUGACUCGCAUACCUACUCGGCUUUGAUCAGGGGGCUGUGUAACGAAGGGAUGUUUGGUGGAGCGAUGGAGGUUUUGUCGAUAAUGGAGGAGAGUGGGUUGUGUAAGCCCACGGUGGAUAACUUUAACGCGAUGAUUCUUGGGUUUUGCAAGAUAAGGAGGACGGAUUUGGCGUUGGAGGUGUUUGAGAUGAUGGUUGAGAGGAGGAGGAUGCCGAACGAGACGACGUAUGUGAUAGUGGUUGAAGGGAUAGCUCAUGAGGGUGAGCUGGAGCUGGCUAGAGAGGUUCUUGAGGAGCUGAGGUCGCGUAAGGUUGUGGGGCAGAAUGCAGUAGAUAGGAUUGUGAUGCAGUUUAAUUUAGAUUUUGAUUGAAAGAGAUCAUCAUGAGGCUAAACUUGAUUAUAUACAUUUUCCUUUUACUGUUUGUAUCAUUUUGACUAAGAGAUGAUGUUAGUUUUAAGAGGAUGGUUUGUUCAUGUAAGGUUCAGUUCUUGAAUAGGACAGAGUCGCAGAGAUUAAUAAGAAUCAAGAAACACAUUGUUGUGUUUUUUUUUUAA